UUUAUUUAUUUAUUAUUUGUCUCGUGUAGGAUUUGUUCUUGAGUCCAUCGUUUCGUUGUUGAACGUGUGUUUUUAAGGAGAUUUUAUACGAAUUAAGAACUUCCGAACAUGUUUUUCUGCCUCGGUUAAGUUAUCUUUUCUCAAUAUAAGUGUUAAUUCAGACGAGUGUAUUUAUGUUUAUCUUAUUAUUUGCCUUCGUGACUAUAGAAACAAAGCGAAACAGAUGUGAUCUUGCGAAUAUUUUAAGGGCAAUUUCAUUCUUUUUUACGCUUUUUUAAAAAAAUUGUCGUUUGUAAUGAGUGUUGUGUAUUCUUUGUUUCCAUAAAAAGAAAUGCAUUAGGGUAGUGUUCAUUACUUGUACUCACGUUUAUUCUGUUUAUCCAAAAGUUAGCCAGACUUACUGUAUAAUGUGAUAUAAGUUAUAAAGUACAAGAGAUAUAAAUGAGUAUAAUUUAUAGUCACGUAUUUAUCGUUCAAUUUUUAUACCCUCAUCUAGUGAAGAAAUUUAUCGUCUUUAAAGGAACUAAACCCGAAUGUUCGUAACAGUGUUCAAAAAAUCCCGUGGAAACUGUGUUAAUGCGUCGUUAAGUAAACUGAAUAAAGGUGAUGACUUUAUCGUCCGAUGAUUCAUGAGCGCUCUUCACCGGAUGAUGAAUUUCACACAUCAGUCAGAAUGGCGUUGGUUCACGAUUGAGAGGACUCGAAGAGAAUUUGAUUUCCGACCUGAAGUUCGCAUGAAUCGUGAAGCUGUGCGAGUGUAAUGUCGCCCUUAGAACACAUAACGCAGGAACACAGUCAGAUGUUUCUUCAGCAUGGCACCAUGUGAAGACGCUCAGACAUCGACAUUGCCAGAAGGGAAGGGCUUACGUCUUCAGCUACGUAAAUCGCCCGAAACAAGAACGUACAGCGAUACAGGGGGCGAAGGGGGCGAAGGGAGAAGACACGUCAGCUUUCAUGUGGCUGUUUUUUGUGUAACUUUUCUGAAAAGCUUAGUUCUCGUUCAAGAGCGGCGUCUUGCGUCAAGCCCUAUUAUCGAUACUUUGUGGGCAACUUCGCGUGUGAGAUACAUUGUAAGAAGACUGAGUUUUGUCGGAAGUCGGUUCUCUGAUUGUUCUCAGAAAGCGAGGUCUCCGUUCAUGAACAAAAGUAAAAUCGAGAGAGAGUUUAUCUGUGCUAAUCUCUUGUCACUUGUGGUUUUUGUAAGGUCGUAUUUACUUUCAAGCUUUUCCAAAGGCACUCUGCUAAUUCUGAUAUUUUUCAGAAGAGCGAAUAUCUGCAAGGAAACGGUACCUGUUAUAAACGCCAACUUGCAUGCCUUCCCAAUUUUGGAGCGUGCCCUGUUUAUGUUGCGUCAACAUUUAAAAGUUCUUAAGCGACUUCACUUUUCCUCCGUACUGUUUGCAAACAGCCUUUCAUUUUGGUUUAUGUGUUCUUCGGUAGAAGUUCAGGAACAUUUUGGUUCUAGUGCUACGAAUAAAAACCCGAUAAACUGCUUUGAAGUAGUAAGUACUAGAAAAACAUCGCAAGGAAACAAAGUAAGAGAUUUGUGGGUAGAUUUUUUUUAUUUUUGUUCUCUUUGGUUAACUUCAGUUACCGACGGUGGCUCCACAAAGCGGCGGAUAUGCGAAACAUGUUGGAACAGCCCUCGUGUCGUACGUGAAGAUUUGUCUUCAGCCAGCGAAUGUGAUGUUUCUUGCGAAAAGUGCAACUGCGAUAAUAUUAAAGACGGUAGACGCAAUUCCUACAAUACAAGGCAGUCGAUUGGUUCGUCGCUCUUUUACCUGCUUUCAUCAUGGAGAGAAAAAGGUCAUCGCGAAGGUAUGGUUCCGGACGUUACCGCAGAAAGUCGUGGGGGCAGAAGUGUAAGGACUAUUUCCGCGAGUUUAUUGCCUUCAUGUUUAGUAAUGUUGGUAUCAUUGGCCUCGUCGUCGGUUACACUAUUGCAGGAGCAUUUGUGUUCAGCGCCAUCGAGGGAGGUGACACUCCUUCUGCAGGCGCCAGAGUGCGUCAGCUACGGAAUGACACGGCGCUCAGACUCUGGGACCUUUCUUGCUGCGGCCUGAACGUCUUCUCUGAGGAAACCUGGAGGCAAAGUGUAUCGAAGGAGCUAGAAGCAUACCAGCAGCACAUCGUCUCUUUUAUCCAGGAUGGAUACGAUAUAACGGGCAGCGGGAAUCGAAGUCGGACCUUGUCAUUUUCCGGAUGGUUCCUCUACUCUCUCACUGUCAUCACCACCAUUGGUUAUGGCAACAUCGCUCCUCAAACGGAGAUCGGGAAGGUUGUGACGAUCAUCUACGCCAUUAUCGGGAUGCCCCUAUUUCUGCUGUACCUCUCCAACAUCGGCGACAUCCUUGCCAAGAGCUUCAAGUGGACGUACGCCAAGUGUUGCUUGUGCUACGGGUGCUGUGACGGAGCGUCGCGACGCCGUGCUUUACGCCGUCACCAGUUGGCGCUUCAGCAGCCGGCGUCAGUUGGCGCUUUCAUCGGAGAUGACUGGAGGGUGCAGUACGUAGUCGACACUGAGGACGAAGCUGGCGGGGACGUGGCGGUACGCAUCGAGCGCUGUGCUGACGGGGAUCAGGGCGACGAGAGCAGCAGUAGCGGAGACGACGAGCGGUACGACCCGCAGACAGUGACCGUCCCCGUCACACUGUGUCUCGCGAUCAUGGUGGGGUACAUUUGCUUCGGCGCGGUCCUGUUCUCCGAAUGGGAGGGAUGGAACUUCCUGGACAGCUCGUACUUCUGCUUCAUAAGCCUCAGCACGAUUGGGUUCGGAGACAUCGUUCCUGGCAAGCGAGUGAUCAGCAGCCAAGAAAUUCAGCUGAGUUUCAUCUUCUGUUCCGUGUACUUGAUGCUCGGCAUGGCUCUCAUCGCCAUGUGCUUCAACCUGAUGCAAGAGGAGGUGGUCCACAAGACGAGGACCUGCAUGCAGGCCCUGAGGUCCAUGUUCAGUUGUAAGCGGCGAGCCCAGAGGAAUUUCCAGGACGAGGACUUCGAACUGCCCGCCGACUGACGCAGCCUCUGUGUGGUGUUGCUGGAGCGUCGUCCAACAGUUUCACGACAGAGUGUCCGCUCUGGGGAUGUCUUCAUGCCGUCGAAGAGAGUUGACGUUUAGGGACUUUCGUCAUAGCAAUUUUUUUUCUGAUUUGUUCAGUUAAUCUGAUUUUGUUAAAUAACUUAAUAAGUCGAAACUUUACGUAGUAUGAAGGCCAACAUAGAUGUUAUGCAAAAAAAUGAGUCGAUAUGAUAAACUAAAGACCUUGCAAAAUUAAAUGAAUUUAAAUGAAAAGUCAUUUUUUUCCUGGUUCAUAGCAAUUUACAACAGGAUAAUUCCCUGGUUUUUGAAAAUUAAAUCCUCCUGAAUAACAGGCCAAUGUUUUUAUUAAUAAAUUUUUUUCUCAAAGAAAGCAUAACUCAUUUCCAUUACACAGAUCAUUUUGUUAAUUCUGUUUACGUAAAUAAUCGCAAUUCGUUCUUCAAAUCAUACGGGACCGGUAAUGCCAUCUGCAGGUGGAAUUCAGAGUUAUCGAACAUCGAAGUAAAUACAAGCUUCAAAGAAUUAACAUGGCCUCAGGCCAUGAGAUAAGAUUCAUAGCCUCCAACCCUUCAUCCCUACUGUAUCACUACAGAAUUAAUACAGAGGGUGGUUUUGAUUUCCACCCCGCUUUUAUUACAACCCUCAUCAUACCCCUAAUGUAAAGUUUUCCUUUCUGGGUAACGUUAGGUUAGGUUUUCAUAAGCACUUGUAGCAUUAUGAAUUAUUGCUUUGUAACUGUUGCCGACAAACAAACAAACAAACAAACAAAGCAGUGUUAUUUGCACCAUUUUCCCCUCCUCAGUUCCCCUCAGUUCCCACCCCCGCCCCCAUUUCACCUGUAUCCGCCCCUGCCGUUGUAAUUUGCACCGGAGAGAGAUAUCAUUAUUAAUGACAUAAUGCGAGCAGUCUUCUCGGGGUUCUGUCUGCUCGAUAUUUUCGGGGGGUAAGUCAGCGAAAGUGGGCCGUAUCUUCAAGCUCCUCAAAUGUCAAAUCAUCCACAGACGAAUGACAGCCAUCUCAUUAUAUAAACAUCGUAUUUUUAUGAACUUAAUUUACAGAUUUUCAAACGUUCUAAUAUUGAAUUAUCCUCACUCCUUACGUAGUCAGUCGCCUCCCUUCGUGUCUACGAAGGGCCCGUUCACGUGCGUAACCCGAAACUGACGAGCUGUGUUUACACCGUGGCGAGAUGCAAAUCGCUUAAAUGGAAGGUAUUUAUUUCGUGUGGCGAUAUUCACAAAGCACAGAAGGUUUCUUAAGUGGCUGUAAAGAAAUGAGUAGGAUUUGAGAUUUUCACGGCUGUGAGUCCGAAGAUGGCUGUCUCAUCGCCCUGAUGAUGGAAGCAGAAAGAACCUCCGAAACGUUGGUAAACUUCUAUCAGACUACGCGGCCAUCUUCAUAAAGGAAUUGGUCUCAGUGUCACGAUGCGAUAUCUUAGCGUGUCCUAUCAAAUAUGAACGGGAAUCGGAAAGGAAUUCAUUUUAUUUCAGUGACAUCAAAUGAUAUUGGUUUGUUUGUUUUUAUGUUUGUUUGUUGUUACUUUUUGUCCAUGUAUUAUUCACGUGCUGACCUGUAAUUGACCGCUUGUCUGUUGAUUCAACACGCGAGUAAAUAAACAUUUGAAUUGAAUUAAUGUUGAAACGUUUUAGAACGGAAUUAAGGUGACCAAAUAUUGGAACUCGCCCGAUUUAUGUUCGAGAAUUCGGCCUGAAAUUUUUUUGUCUUCCCGUAUUGUACCAAAAGACUUCGGGGUCAAAAUGGGCCCCAUUAUUUUUAUUUCUCGUUUUUCAUAAGGAAUCAUUUACAACUGCGUUGUACUCUUAGCAGGGGGUAGACGUCUAAUUGUAAUGUAUUGGACUGUUACUUCUCAUCCUCCACGCCCACUGACAUCUAGGUAAAAUGAAAUUCCCUCUCUCUCUCUCUUGACAAUAAUUUUGUUAUUAAUUUCUCGGUG